AUGGCUACUCAGACAAUCCAAUACCACCCGGUUUUCUUCCUCCUCAUGGCUCUCGUAGCCAUGGCUGAGCUGGGUUUAACGUCCUUCCUAAUAAACGCUGGAAAUGAGAGCGAUACGUGGCCCAGCACUCGCUACCAUAAAUUAUUGAUAUUCUUCUGCUUCAAUUCUGUGUGGACGACGUUAUUCGCUACUUCCUAUGUUUUAUGGGUUAUAGACGGAGCUGUUCAUGCUCUUGCGGGCAUCGCCAGUUCUGUUGCCUGGCUUUUCCUCAACACCGCUCUAUGGGCCAUCGCAGCGGCCACUAUGCAAUACACUCGCGGAGGAGGGAAUUGUUCUGGCCAGAAAACGAUCUCACGAUGCCGACAAUCUUUGACAGUUGAAGCCCUCGGCUGGACCGAGCUUGGACUUACCAUAGUGACUCUUCUCGCUACUUGCUGCUGGGUUAGGGCAAACAGACGCAGGAGCUAUGUUAACGACUCUCGCCGUCUCGUAUAG